CAGGGAAAAUAAAUCAGCAGCAUAGUGAAGGGAGAUCCUCUGCAAGGUGGAACGAAUUUAUGAAUAUUAAGUUUAUUGAGUUAUGUGAGGAGGAAAUUGGAAAAGGCAAUAGGCCAAAUAGUCACUUCAAUUCCAGUGGGUGGAAAAUUUUGGUUAGGAGGUUCAACGAGGUGACGGGAAAAAACUAUGUUUAUAAGCAACUUCGCAAUCAUUGGGAUUCUAUGAAGAAAGAUUGGAUUUUGUUUAAGAAAUUAAUGCACCAGGAGACUGGAAUUGGAUGGGAUCCCUUGACGAAUUCAAUUGAGGCUUCUGAUGAGUGGUGGGCUCGAAAACUUAGAGUAAUUUUCUAACACAAAUCUUAUACAUUUACUUAUAUAUUUUAUUAAUAAUAUCUUAGAUAACGUAGUACCUAUGAUUAUUGCAGGAAAAUGGAGACUAUAACAAGUUUAGGAACAAAGAUUUAUCACUAAUUUGGUUUCGCUAUGAUAAACUAUUUUCUGAUGUUGCUGCUACGGGAGAAAGAGCACGAGCACCAAACCAAAGAACUCAGAAUGAAAUUGACAACGAUGGAGAGUUGUUUAAAAAUAAUGGGGAGUUUAAUGAAGUCGAAGAACAUGUGGAAAUUGACGAUAUUGAUGACAAUGAUUAUAUUGGAGUAGAUGAGUACAAUACAAAUCCCGAAAUGAAAGAAGAAGAUGAUAAUGCCAAAGAAAUUGUGUUUCCAUCCUUUUCAACUCUCAAGAGAAAAUCCAUUGGAGAAAGCCAUAAAGUCAAAAAAAAGGUAUCUGGGGCAGCUUCAUUAAAGGAAGAUAUUCAUUCUCUUCUUCAAUUUAUGGAAAAGAAGAGUAGUACCACUUCAACACUCUCCAUAGAGAUAACAAUCGCAACAGCAUUGAAGAUGUUAAAUAACCUCUCUGGAAUACCCUCGUUAAGUGAACUUUGGAAUUAUGCUAGUAAUUUAAUGAGCAAAAAGGAUAUGCGAGAAAUAUUCGCUAAUCAACCUUCGGACGAGGCUCGAUUAAGUUGGCUAGAGUAUAACUUUAACAAGUAUAAAAAGAAUCGCUAAAUGUAGUGCUUGAGAUAUCAUAGUUUUUGUUUUUUGUUGGACUAGUCAACUUUACAUUAUGUAUUGGAUUUUUUUUCUCAUGUUUUUUGGUUUAGUUUUGCAAUAAAAUAAUGAUUUUCUUUAUAUUUGUUCUUUGGAGUUUAUAAGAACCUUCGUAACUAAAUUUAUAAAUAUAGUUAUUAUAUAUUUUUAUUGGUCUGUGUGUUUGUGCUUUGUGUUGUUAAUUCAAUUUGUAUGUUUGUGCUGUUAAUUCAAUUUGUGGACUUAAAUUUUUGUUAAGGUUUGCUAUUGAAAUUCUUAAAUAAGAAAUGGCUAGUUAUUGUUUAAUGAAAACUUUUUAAUGAUAUAUUGAUCUAUAAAUUUUUCUGUAUAUUUUUUUGGACAGUGAAUGGAGCCAUGGAGGUUUUUAGAUUCAGCUGAAAUAGAUUGGUGGAAUAUUUCAAAUUGCUCUUUGAUUUUUCCAAAUAUUUUUGUUGACGAGGAACCUGUUGAAGAUGAAAACCAUCUUCGAGAUGAUUUGGAGUGGUUGGUUAUGUGCCAAAUAACAACACGUAGCAUCUUAACUUAUUAUCAGAACUACGUACACAAAAUACCAUGUCGAACAUCUAUUCGUACAGGUCAUAGAUGUUUAGAGGAGAUAUUAAAUGGACAUGAAGUGAGGUGUUAUCAAGCUUUUCGUCUAUCAAGAUCGGUAUUUAUGGAUUUUUGUCAUGAAUUAGCCCAUAAAUAUGGUCUCCGUCCAACAAGGGGAAUGUCUCUGUACGAGGAAGUUGGAGUUUUUUUAGUGACUUGUGCUCAUGGUGUGGAUAAUAGGUUAUUGCAAGAGUUAUUCAACCAUUCAGGUGAGACUAUCUCAAGGCAUUUUCACAGAGUUUUAAAGGUGGUCGGUAAACUAGCCGAUACUAUAAUCACACCCCAUCCUGAGUAUAAUGAAGGCAAAGGAUAUCACAAGCCGCAACACGAGCGCUACAUGCCAUUUUUUAAAGUGAGUGAUUUCGUUUUAUAUAGUAUAUAUGUAUUGACCUUUUAAAUAAUUUGCAUAUGAUAUUUGUUUGUAUGAUUUAUAGGAUUGUAUUGGAGCAAUUGAUGGCACACAUGUUAAGGCUCGAUUACCACAGGGAAAAACAAUACCAUAUAUCGGACGAAAAGGGUAUCCCACUCAAAAUAUUCUUGCAGUUGUAGAUUUCAAUAUGUGUUUUACAUUUGUAUGGGUUGGAUGGGAAGGAGUUGCCCAUGAUAACAGGAUAUUUGGAGAAGCUAUACGUAAUCCC